AUGGCUUCAAUAUAUCACCCGGGACUGUUUAAUUUGUCAACAUGGUCAUUUCGCCUGUUUUUGUGCGCCUGAAAGCAGGCGAAGACGAGGGAUUCCGCUUGUGUUUUUGUCGUAGCUGGCUAACGUUAGCCUUGCGGAGGAGCCAUGGACGAGCCCUCUCAGCUAGCUCGCAUGCUUCCAACCAUUACAGCCGGAGCUAGCCACUGUUAGCCGUUUGCUAAGCUACAUAACCGAAGACUCCCGUGUUUAAUUGCCUUUAUAACCGGGCUUCGGUACAAAUUAAAACCAAGCUCAAGUGGUCACGAUCGGACACUACAUUACACUGACAACAAACCAAUAGCUUCCGGCCUUGUCUUACUGAAGUCAUAUUUUGCAAGCGUUUGAAACAAAUCAAAAACCCGAGUUUCCCUUGAUAGUUAGCAACAGUUAAAGGUGUUCGUUAAAGCAGGGUCGAACUCGAGCUAUUCUUUUAAACUGGUGCUUAAGCUUUAAUUGCCAUAGCUGGUAGUGGCCUCAUCGUCAAACUGUGUAGCAUGGAGUAUGGACAGCGCCAUGUCCAAAGCAUCAGAAUCAAGUUUGGCACGGAGACACUUCAACGUGCAGGAAAGUCAGUCUUAUGUAAACCUUGUCGUUUUCCUUUCACUUUAUUUUCUGAAUAUGUUUUCUUAUGUGAAACACCUGCAAUCAGUUUUCAGUGUCAACCUUUUGCCAUUAUACACAAUUAAUAUACUUUGUGUUGUACAUUCAAAGUACUAAAAUGACUUGUCUUAUGUUAGGGCAGUCUUUCAAAGUGUUGUGCAUUUUUUCCCCUAUGUGUUAAGUUGCUUUGAUAUAGUUCUGGCACCAUCAAAAUGACUUCAAAGUUUGUUUUUUGGAAAAUGAAAUGGAAGCGUAACCAUUGGAUAUGUCAAUUGGUGUGACUCUUUAACAGAAUAUAAUUUUUAUCGUCAUUGAAAUAGCAGAAACAGCCUCAAGUUGGUUUUUGAAGAAGAAAAUAUAAAAAAAACAUAAAGCAAAAGCAACACCAAAGAACACAAAGUUAUGCAAUGCAAAUGGCAGUAAGGUAGUUAUGGUCCAUAUAGACAAGCAGCAAAGUAAGGAAUGUUGAAUGUAGGAAGUCAACUAUACGAAAUAUGCAGUGCAAAAAAUACCUCUGAUUGAUUUAUGUUAAUAUCUACAAAGCUGAAAAAGUAAAGUAGAUCAGCUGUAGUAAGAAAAUCCGAAAGCGUGCUCACGUUGUGGUAUUAACUAUUAUUAAGAAGCAAUUCAGUCAUGUAUUUUGGUCAACAUAAAUGUCUUUUUUUCUUUUUGCCUGUUCAUUUUGCUGUAAAACGCAAAACAAUAAUUACUGACUUUGUUUCUAUUAGCUAUGAUGCCGUUUUGCGCACAUUUACAAGAGGGGUGUGUGUUUGGCUCACUAUUUGACUUGGAGCACGACCUUCCAGACGAGCUCAUCAGCACUAAUGAUCCGGGCCUUGUCAAUGGGGGUGAUCUCAACCAGUUGCACACCACCCAGGGGGGAGGCCCCGGAGGUCUCGGUCCCGCGAUGAUGAGCAACCAAGGGGUCUCCUUUGGUGGUCCUUAUGCCGGGCAGGGGAAUCAAGGCCUCGGUGGAGCGGGAAUGGGCCCUCAACAUCCCAAUAAAGGCCCAAUGGCUAACAGCCUGGCUCAGUUCAACAUGGACAAGAAGAGUCAAGGAAUGGCCACUAUGGGCUCACAGCAGUCCCAGUCAGGUGUUAGCGGGCCCUCGGUUGCAUCUGUGGGAGGGGCACCUGGCAUGGUUCCCGGUGCUCAGGGAGGCCUGGUGGGUCCCGGCACCCAGGUUUCGGCGGCCUCCGCCGCGGCCGGAGCACCGCCCACCGCUGAUCCCGAGAAGCGUAAACUGAUCCAGCAGCAGCUCGUUCUCCUGCUCCACGCCCACAAAUGUCAGCGGCGCGAGCAGGCCAACGGCGAGGUCCGACAGUGCAACCUGCCCCAUUGCCGCACCAUGAAGAACGUCCUCAAUCACAUGACUCAUUGCCAAGCCGGCAAGAAUUGUCAGGUCGCUCACUGUGCAUCGUCAAGGCAAAUCAUCUCCCACUGGAAGAACUGCACUCGACAGGACUGUCCUGUCUGCCUCCCACUGAAGAAUGCUGGGGACAAGAGGAACCCGCAGUGUGAGUCUCUUCUGGGCGCAGCUGCCGCAGGUCUGAGCAGUUCUCUCGGGUCAGUCCCCGGUAGCCAACCAAGUGCUCCAAACCUCAAUCCGCCGAGCCAGAUUGACCCUAGUUCGAUAGAAAGAGCCUACGCAGCACUGGGUCUUACCUACCAGGGAAACCAGAUCCAGGGUCAGCAUUCUCAGUCUAACAUGGUCAACCAGGCCCUCCAAGGCCAGCCUGGUAUGAGGCCCAUGAACCCGAUGGGAGCGAAUCCUAUGGGAGUUAAUGGAGGCGUGGGUGGUCCUUCUCAGAAUCAGCAAGCCAACUUACUGCAAGACACUAUGAUGCAUCUCAAUGUGAAUAGCCAGGGUUUGAUGAAUGAUGCCAGUGGGGUCAUCGGCUCCAUGCCUGCAGCAGGCCCUCCUUCUACGACAGGAAUGAGAAAGAGUUGGCACGAGGACAUCACGCAGGACCUGCGAAACCACUUGGUACACAAGCUUGUUCAGGCCAUCUUUCCAACUCCGGACCCCGCAGCUUUAAAAGACCGCCGGAUGGAGAACUUGGUGGCUUACGCCAGAAAGGUUGAAGGGGACAUGUACGAGUCGGCAAACAAUAGAGCUGAGUACUAUCACUUGCUAGCUGAGAAGAUCUACAAAAUCCAGAAAGAGCUGGAGGAGAAGAGGAGGACUCGUCUCCAAAAGCAGGGUCUGGGUCUUGGCCCUGCUGGUAUGGGUCAGUCUCCUACUGGACUGCCUCCAAGUGAGUUUGGGGAUGAUGGUCCCCUCCCUGACCCAUCUAUGGUACGACCCACCGGACCCAAUCAGAUGGUCAACAGGAUGCAAAGCCCAGGCAUGAAUCAAUUCAAUCAGAUGGGGAUGCAGUCUAUGGGCCAGAGGUCCACUCCUCCUCUCCCCUUGGGAACAUCUGGCAAUCAGAUGGGAAUGGUGGGACCGAGGAUGGGUCAGCCUAAUGUCAACCAGCUCCAGAACCAGUAUCUGUCCCAGGGGCAGUUUCCUGGCGCAGGACCUGUGGUCGGAACGGCUCCUCCUGGGAUGGGACAGUCUGGACUCCAGGGAGGCAUGGCACAGACGCAGAUGGGCACUCCUCCCUCUCUCCCAGUUGCUAGUCCAUUAGCGCAACCAGGUUCUGUAAGUGGAAUCUCUGCGGUGGGACCCAUGGGUCCUCAGAGUGUUGGUGGCGGAGGCCCCAACUCCACCGUUGGAGCCCCUACCUCCUCCAUGACUCCGAAUGCAAACCAGCAAGUCAACUCCAUCCCCCAUUUAGGAGCCAUGCGCGGCAGCUCGCCCUCUCCGGCUCACAGUCGCUCGCCCACGCCUCACCAAACGCCCCCCAGACUCGCCGGCUCCCAAACCCCUCAGCCUCACACCCCUAACGCGCCGCAGUUGGCAUCACUGCAAGCCCCCCAGCAGAACCAGCUGGGCCAGGGUCCUGGCUCCAACAAGCCCCUCCAGCAGCCGCACAUUGGGGCUGGCUCCACUACACCAUCCCACCCCGGACUUGGCUCGGGCUCAACACCACAUGGGGCUCAGCUGCCACGCACUCCGUUGUCCCAAAAAGGUUCGUUUCAAGCAGACAGCCAGGCUUUGACUCCAGCCUCGGUCAACAGCCUGGAUAAUUCCUCUCAGCACGUACAGUCGGACUCCACGGCCGCCACCCUCGACCAUAAGUCCGAAGUCAAGCUACAAGAUGAUGCGGAAGAGAGCGACUCUGGCGCCGGCAAGGGGGGGAAGCUCGGCAACGUCACAAUGGAGGAAAGUCCUGUGAAAAUUGAGGUGAAGAAGGAGUGUUCUGGAGAAGGAGGCAAGGUAGUACCAAUGGAUACAUCAGCCGCCCCUCCAACGUCGCUGGUCAAAAGUGAGGACAAGAAACCCGAGGUGAAAAAGGAGUUAAAAGACGAAGAACAAUCAUCCGACUCAGCUGUAUCACAAGCACCAGCAAAAAAGAAGAUUUUCAAGCCAGAAGAGCUUCGCCAGGCCCUAAUGCCAACACUGGAGUCCCUCUACAGGCAGGAACCGGAGUCGCUGCCCUUCAGGAUGCCUGUUGAUCCACAACUGCUGUGCAUACCUGACUACUUUGACAUUGUGAAGAACCCUAUGGAUUUGUCCACUAUCAAGCGGAAGCUCGAUACAGGUCAAUAUCAAGAUCCCUGGCAGUAUGUGGAUGACAUCUGGUUGAUGUUCAACAACGCUUGGCUGUACAAUCGCAAGACAUCUCGAGUCUACAAGUGCUGCUCCAAACUGGCGGAAGUCUUCGAACAGGAGAUUGACCCAGUCAUGCAGAGACUUGGCUACUGUUGUGGAAGAAAGCUGGAGUUCUCCCCUCAGACACUGUGCUGCUAUGGAAAGCAGCUGUGCACUAUUCCCCGAGACGCUGCUUACUUCAGCUAUCAGAACAGUUCACCAAAAUUUGGGCUUAUCGCUGACAGGUACCACUUCUGUGAGAAGUGUUUCAACGAGAUCCAGGGAGAGACCGUGUCCCUGGGCGAUGACCCCACUCAGCCGCAGACCUCUAUUAACAAAGAUCAGUUUGAGAAGAAGAAGAAUGACACACUGGACCCUGAAUUGCUUGUUGAAUGUUUGGACUGUGGACGCAAGAUGCACCAGAUUUGUGUCUUGCACAAUGAAACAAUCUGGCCAUCGGGUUUUGUAUGCGAUGGCUGCCUCAAGAAGUCUAAUAAGACAAGGAGGGAGAACAAGUAUUCCGCUAAACGGUUGCCUCAGACAAAGUUAGGCUGCUUCCUAGAGACGAGGGUGAACGACUUUCUGAAGCGUCAGAACCACCCAGAAGCUGGGGAGGUCUUCAUCCGCAUGGUGCAUGUCUCGGACAAAAUUGUGGAAGUUAAACCUGGCAUGAAGUCCAGAUUUGUGGAUAGUGGAGAGAUGUCGGAGUCUUUCCCAUACAGGACAAAAGCCCUUUUUGCAUUUGAAGACAUUGACGGCGCAGAUGUCUGCUUUUUUGGAAUGCACGUUCAAGAGUAUGGAUCAGACUGCCCGCAGCCUAAUCAGAGACGAGUUUACAUCUCCUACCUGGACAGUGUGCAUUUUUUUCGACCGCGAAGUCUACGAACGGCUGUUUACCAUGAAAUUCUCAUUGGCUACUUGGAGUAUGCCAAGAAGUUGGGCUACACAACGGGCCACAUCUGGGCAUGUCCGCCCAGUGAAGGGGAUGACUACAUCUUUCACUGCCACCCAGCUGAUCAGAAGAUUCCCAAGCCAAAACGCCUCCAAGAGUGGUACAAGAAGAUGUUGGACAAAGCUGUGGCUGAGCGAAUAGUGCACGACUACAAGGACAUCUUCAAGCAGGCGACAGAGGAUCGUUUGACCAGCGCCAACGAGUUGCCAUACUUUGAAGGUGACUUUUGGCCCAAUGUGCUGGAAGAGAGCAUUAAAGAGCUGGAGCAGGAAGAGGAAGAGCGGAAGAGGGAGGAGAACAGCACUUCUAAUGAGAGUAUUGAUGACAGUAAAGGUGACAGUAAAAAUGCCAAGAAGAAGAACAAUAAGAAGACGAGUAAGAAUAAGAGCAGCCUGAGUCGAGCCAAUAAAAAGAAGCCAGGGAUGCCCAACGUGUCCAAUGACCUUUCACAGAAGCUCUAUGCCACUAUGGAAAAACACAAAGAGGUCUUCUUUGUGAUCCGGCUGAUCGCGGGCCCGAUGGCCAACGCGCUGCCUCCCAUUGUCGACCCCGAUCCUCUGAUGGCCUGCGACCUCAUGGACGGCCGAGACGCUUUCCUAACGCUAGCCCGGGACAAACACCUGGAGUUCAGCUCGCUGAGGCGCUCUAUGUGGAGCUCCAUGUGCAUGUUGGUGGAGUUGCAUAACCAAAGCCAAGACCGCUUUGUCUACACUUGCAACAUGUGCAAACACCACGUGGAGACUCGUUUUCACUGUACCGUGUGCGAGGUGAGCUAUGGAAAGGAGGAUUAUGACCUUUGCAUCACGUGCUACAACACUAAGGGCCACGAGCACAAGAUGGAGAAGUUAGGCCUUGGUUUGGACGACGAGAGCAGCAACCAGACGGGCGCCGCCACUCAGAGCCCGGGAGACUCACGUCGCCUCAGCAUCCAGCGCUGCAUCCAAUCGCUGGUCCACGCCUGCCAGUGCAGAAAUGCCAACUGCUCUCUGCCUUCCUGCCAGAAGAUGAAGCGCGUCGUACAACACACUAAAGGCUGCAAGAGAAAAACCAACGGCGGCUGCCCCAUCUGCAAGCAGCUUAUCGCGUUGUGUUGCUACCACGCCAAGCACUGUCAGGAGAACAAGUGCCCGGUGCCCUUCUGCCUGAACAUCAAGCAAAAGCUCUGUCAGCAGCAGCUGCAACACAGGCUCCAGCAGGCCCAAAUGCUGAGGAGGAGGAUGGCCAGCAUGCAGAGAGUGGGCAAACCGGCUCCGGGGGGCAACGGCCUGCCCUCUCCGGGAGCCAACAACGGAGCGACCGGUCCCGGUACGCCAACGUCUGUCGGAACGCAGCCGACCACGCCGCAGACACCCACCCCAGGAAAUAUGCUGGCGCUUCCUCAACAGCAGGGAGUCGGGGUGAGCCCGAUGGGUGUCACUGCUGCACAGCAACAGCAGGUUCCCCAGCAAAGCGGCGCCAUACCUCCUCAGCAUCAUCUACACCAUCAAUUUCAGUCAAUGGGCGCAGGUGGCGGAGGGGGGGUGAUGAACUCCCCCCAGCAGCAGAUGGGGAUGCCUCAGCUCCAGCAACAGCAGCCCCCCAGUCUCCAGCAAUUGCAGCAGCAUGCUGGCGCUUUGCCGCCGUACAAUCCCAGACCACCGGGAGCUUCUCCUCUCCACCAGUCGCUGGGCAAACCUGGACUGGGCCCCACCACCCCACCUCAGCAGCAACAAACAGCCAGCCAGGUUCAAGGGUCCAUGCCCGUUCAAGGCCAGCAGCACGGACCCCCUUUGGCGGCCGUCGAGACGGCUCUAAAAAUCCAACGGCUAGCAGAGACCCAGAGGCAGAUGGCUCAGGCCCAGGCUCAGAUCCGAGGUUUAGGACAGGGAGGGAUGAUGGCCCAACAUCCUCACCACCAAAACAACCCGGCCCAGAUGGGCAUGCCUCACAUGGGAGCUCAGGGAAUUCCCCCACAGGCUCAAGGGAUGGUAGGCAGGACUAUGUUAGACCCUCAGCAGCAGGGGAUGCUGGCUGGGAUGCAGCAAGGCGGGCCCCAGUCGCAGUUGCCCCCUCAAGUCCAGCAGCACCUACAGCAAGCCAACCAGCAGUGGGGGCCAGGGGGACCGGGGAUGAACCCGCAGCAAAGGUCUGCCAUGAUGGGUCACAUGGCGGCGCAGCAGCAGUCAGCGGUUGCCCAGCAGCAACAGCAGCAGCAACUCAACCAGCAACAAGCCCAGCCAGGAAACCGUGGGCUGAUGCAGGUGAUGUCAGGAGGGGCGACGAGUGCAGGGGGGCCUGGGAACCUGCCACAAGGGGCGCUGCAGGAUCUCCUGAGAACUCUGCGCUCCCCAAGUUCGCCCCUCCAGCAGCAGCAAGUCCUCAACAUCCUUCGUUCCAACCCCACGCUCAUGGCGGCAUUCAUCAGGCAGAGAGCGGCCAGAUAUCAGGGGGUGCAAGGUGGACCCGGGGUACAAGGGGUGCCUCCGCAAGGUCCUGGAGGCGUGAGGUUCCAAGGGUCUGCCGGUGGGCUACCUGGCGUAGGAGCACCCGGGCCCAACCAGUUGGCCAGCAUGGACAGCCAGCAGAUGAACGUGAAUCAAUCGGGCCAGCCGGGAAUGAACAUGGCCCAGGGGGGCAGCGCUGGGGGGAGUGUGCCCACCAUGGCUCAACUUCAGCAACUGCAACAGCAACAGCGCCCAAUGUUGCCCGGCAACCUGCAGCAACAGCAAAUGGCAGUCCUGCAACAGCAGCAAGGGCCCAUGCAAACGGGCCAACAAAACAAUAUGUCCAGCAUGACUCCUCAUUUCAGAGAACUGUUGUUGAGAAGACAGCAGCAGAUGGCGAACCACGGACAGUUCCAACAAGGACAGCAAAGCUUCAUGCAGCCCGGCCAAGGGCAGCCAGGAAUGCCCCCUUCUUCCCAACCCCAACCAGGGGGUGGCGUAAGAGGUCCGGGGCAGCAGCAGCAAGGAGGCCCACAGGGCGCUCUGGGGCAGCAAGGUUACCCAAGCAAUGCUUCCCAAGUGGCUGCCGCUCUCCAACAAAGGCUGCACCAAAUGCAAAUGCACCAACAACAGUCGCAAAAUUCCAUGGGAGGUUCUCAAGUGCAAGACGGAGGGCCGGGCGGCGGCGCGCCAGGGAGCGGUCAGCUUCCAACGGGACAAACCGUACCCGGGCAGCAACAGCAAGGUGGCCCCGUGCUACCCCAGACCUCUCAAGCUCUAAUUCACCAGAACAUCCACCAGAGGCUCCUCCAGCAGCAGCACCUGGGCGGCGGAUCCCCGGCCCAGCACAGCAGCCCCAUGAGCCCUCAGCAGCAACUGGCCCAGUCCCCGCACCCCCACCUCCAAGGCCAAGCCGGCUUGGGCCCGGCGGGGGCGCUGGGCAAUCAGGUGAGAUCGCCGCAGCCGUCACCACGGCCGCAGUCGCAGCCCCCUCACUCGAGCCCGUCCCCGCGCAUGCAGUCGUCGUCAUCAUCGUCCCAGCCGCAGCCGUCGCCCCACCGCAUUUCCCCGCAGACCCAGAGCGGCUCGCCCCACCCCGCCCAUAUUGGCCAGCAUCACCCCAAUAUGGCGCCGCCCCAACCGCCACAGCAGCAACAACCACAACAGCAGCCGACGCCAGGCGGUACCGUAGAUCCCGGACAGUUCAGCUCGGACCAGAACUCCAUCAUUUCUCAGCUAAGUGGCAUGGCAGCCAUGCAUGCCAACCAAGGGGGGCAGCCAGACAUGUUGGCACCAACUAAUAACAACAACAAUAACAACAACAACAACAACCAGGAACUGGCACCAAACAUAAACCACAACAGUUUGGACCACAUGUAGCACACAUUUGUGUGUCUUCAUGAUAAACUGCCACCAGAGAGGGGAGUCCAACUAAGGAUUUUACUAGUUUUCCGUUUUUUAUUUAAAUAUUUUUGUGAUGUAUAAAAUCGAACUCAAGCUUCCUAUGGGAGAUAGGCAGCAGAAAAUCCAAGAAGUCAAUAAAUGAAUAAAUUAAAAACAAUGGUAAGUUAUUGCUGUUAAUAUAUAGCUAUCUAUUUUUGCCAACUGUGUACAAAUAGUGGAAGGGCAACAUUUCAGGUUUAAGAUAUUUCUUCCAUAGUCUAUUACACAAUAUUUUUGGGGAUGGAUAAUUUUUUGCCUUUUUAUGAAUAUUUUUAAGAUUUUAAAUGUGGCAAAAAAUUAGAGUUAACAAGCUGUACCUUUCCCCUACCCGCCCCCCUUUUCUAAAGGUUUUCCUCCUCCAAUGUCCAGUCAUGAUUGUAUCCAUUUUGCAGAGGGAUGAGAAGUAUAUUUUGUUUCUGAACUUUGUUUUUUCAGUCAGCGGAUCAUAAAACAAGCCUCAACAGAUUUUGCAUUUCAGCUCUUUUUCAUCAGUACGUUCCACUUAAAAUAAGAUGUUUGGGGGUGGUUUUAUAGAUUUACUAUUACACCCUCCCCCCUCCAAAGAACUGGCAAGGCCAAUUUAGGUUUAGAGUUUGGGUUGUGAUUAAUUUAAAUUUGUGUACUGUACAUAUAUUUUCCAUCCUGGCUUCUGAGCUGUGAGAAGAGAUUAUAUUUUUUUGUGUGUAUUUUUAUUUGAAUGUUGCAGAGUUUUGCAAAAAUGUCUGUCGGGCUUAUCCAACUCCCUCUUUCAUCCUCACAACUUGCUCUCAGCCACAAAAUUUAAUUCAUUGUAGUAUUGUACAAAGUUGCAAAGUGGUGGAUUUGAUACUGUAUUUUAUAAUGCAAAUGAAAUGACAAAAACAUUGUGUAUAUAGUCGAAACAAUUACAAUUCUCCUCUUUAGAUUGGAUAAUUAUGUAUAUCAAAAGAACACACAAGGACACCCAAGCUGUACAGUGUUGAGGUUUUGGCUGACCUUCAAGGUUCGAUAUAGAUGUUUGGAGGCAACCUGCACCGAUGCGCCUUCCCCCCCCCCUCCCCUUGUAUAAUGCUUGGAGUGAAGCAUACGUUUAGUCACACAUGAACAAUCCCACAAGCUGGAUGUGAAAAGCGCCAAGUCUAUGCGACGCCGCGGGGUUUGAUUUCUAGUCAUGUGACCAUAAGGAUUUCAAAAGUGGUUAUUUAGCUUUUUACAAAGACAACAGUAACAUGAUCACUAUUUUUCAUUCAAAGGUUGCUGGGCGGGUGGGGGGGGACCAGGUGGCAAUAUAUCUUGAGACUUAUUUUAUAAGAAAAAGAGAAAAAAAACAAGGAAAAACUGUCUUUUAUAUAUAGAUAUAUUAUUUAAUUUUAUUUUUUGGGAAGUAAAACUUGAAGCUACAAGAAUUAUUAGAUAAAAUUGUUUUGUAUUAAAUAUAUGGUGAUGCAAAACGACACUGCAGACAGUCAUUCAUUUUGCCCUGGGAGAAUAUUAUCCCAUCCUCUUUGAAGAAAUGUUUCAUGUACAUGAUUAUAGAUGUAAACGGUCACUGUACAAACCCACAGCAACUGAACAAAAAUGUUUUGUUGAUUAUUUCCGCUCCAAUAAAGAAGAGACUGGAAGUAAUACUAUUUAAAUAUUUGUUAAGUAUUGAAAUGGAAUCUUUGACCACUUGUUUUGUUCUUGUUAGAAAAAAAUUGGUGCUUGCUGAGAGAAAGCAAAAAUAACUGUUGCUCCAUUUUCAUCUUUUUUUUUUUUUAAGUUAUUUUGGUGGUCUGACUGUUUUUGCCAAUAAAUUAAUUGUACUGUU